ACAAAGACCGACGGGCGACGACGAAGGAGAAGGAAAGAGAUUCUGAUUCUUAUCUUUCUAAAAAAUGUUUCUCCGGUCGCAGAAGCUAUGGACGGUGGUGGCCUUCAUGAUCCUAGUGAUUUCAUCGCGUGUAGCACACUCGCUGCACUUCGAUCUGCACUCUGGUCGGACAAAGUGCAUCGCGGAAGACAUCAAGAGCAAUUCGAUGACUGUCGGAAAGUACAGCGUCGAUAACCCUCACGAAGGCCACGAUUUGCCUCAAUCUCACAAGAUCUCCGUCAAGGUGACGUCAAGCAACGGGAACGCGUACCAUCACGCGGAUCAAGUGGCGACUGGGCAGUUCGCGUUCUCGGCAGUGGAAGCAGGGGACUACAUGGCGUGUUUCUCCGCCGUUGAUCAUAAGCCUGAGGUGACUCUUAGCAUUGAUUUUGAGUGGAGGACGGGUGUUCAAUCCAAGAGCUGGGCUACUGUUGCCAAGAAGAGCCAAGUCGAAACCAUGGAGUUUGACGUGAAGAGCCUACUUGAUACUGUCAACUCGAUUCAUGAAGAGAUGUUUUACCUUAGAGAAAGGGAAGAGCAAAUGCAAGAUUUGAACCGGUCUACAAACACUAAAAUGGCAUGGUUGAGUUUACUCUCUUUGUUCGUCUGCAUAGGAGUGGCAGCAAUGCAGUAUGUACACUUGAAGACUUUUUUCGAGAAGAAGAAAGUCAUCUAAAGGUUUAUUAUAGGCAGUCAAGUCAGUCACACACGCUCUCAAUCUACUCUUCUUUCUUUGGAUGUUGUAUAUUAGUUCAAUGCCUCUGCUGCAAGCAUGUUUCUCUUGAGACUUGGGACUUUUUUAAUUUAUGUGGCAGUAUUUGUCCUUUUUCUUGGAGAUGGGUUUAGUUUUUUAUUGUUUAGAUUUGUUGGUCCUUGAUGCUUGGAUAUGAUUUGAUGGUUUAAAAUUAAAGAAAGUGUGCAUUCUCAGUUUCAGACAACAGAGAAAGGACAUGUACACUUUUCUGAUA